AUGGAAGAAGCGCGGAUUCAAUUCACCAACUCAACUCGCAGCAUUUCUACCUCGAAAGACAAGAUCUUUGAAAUAUCUGAUAUUAUGCUCGCUCACCAGGAGUCUUCAGCAAAUUUCCUCACUUCUUUAUGGUUCCAAGAGUUUAUUCAGCAAAAAGAUGACAAAAAGAAACUAGCUUAUCUAUUUGUAAUGAAUGACAUUCUCAUUAAAAGCUCAAAAGAUGAUAGAGGAAACCAAUAUUUGCUAGAGUUUUCAUCAAUUUUAGAAGAUGCCAUAAGACAUCUUGUUGAUACAGAAAGUGAAAAUUUAUUGGAAGAACUCAGAAAAAUUGUUCUGCUUUGGGAAAGACCUGGAACUUGCAUUUUUGUGCCGGAAUUUAUUUCGCAGAUAAAGGAAAGCAUUCAAGCUGGCAUUUUUACUGUGCAAGAUAAGAAGACAGGAGUAGAACUGAUUCAGCUGUUUGAAGUCACAAAAAAAUUAGCUGCAGUCGAGUGCCUUUCUGAAGCAAAUUUAAAAGAAGCAGACAAAAUUGACUCUAUUGUUGGUCACCAUCAUCAUAAAAAGAAUUCAAAAUGGAGCAAAGAUGAAAUAAGACACUUAUUGAUGGGGUUUCAAGAAAAAUGCGAAAAUGAAUUGAUAGAUAGAUCAAACUUGCUUAUGGAAUUAUCUCAGCUGCUGGAGGAACAAUACAAGAUUUAUAACACUACAAGAUUUUAG